AUUUUUCUCCUUAUUAAAAUUGUAUCCUCAUGGCUGACCUAUACUUUUGUGAAAGUCCAUGUUGAAACAACAUGAAAUGCCAUUUGGUAAGUUAAUCUUAAAAAUUAGGAUUGAAUAUGUCAUCUAAUCUUCUUUUGCCCUAAAAAUUUGCAUCCACUGGUCCUUAAACAGGCAUAGCAUAAUGAU